UCCGCGUCGACAUGCAGUAGCCUUAUUUUCAGAAUAACUGAAACAUUUCAAAAGACUUUGGAAGCGAUUUUGAACUGUUCUCAGAGAGAAUUACGAUAUAUCGCCAGACAAUUUACGUUUUGGAUCUGGGCUGUCAAACUUUGCUGAAAAGCUAUUUGUAGCUUAUUUUGGUUAUUGCAUUUCUGGACUUUGGUUGGUGGAUCAGUCCAACAGACGUGUUUUUUGAUUUAUCGUAAUUUAUUUAACUCGAGUUUUUGAUAUGUAGCUGACAUGGAAUGAUUUGGAAUGGGCCAGUAGAUUAUAUUUUGGGUGUUUAAUCUGCUUAUAUUAGUUGAAAAUCUCUACUUAUCACUUAGACUCCAGAUUACUUCAUUUUAUUUCAUUUUAUUUCAUUUCAAGUAAAGUAAAGUAAUGCCUUUUUUGAGCAACUUUUUAAAAUCAACUAUCAAUAGUAUUUGCAACUAAUCUUAAUUAAAUUGAAAGGAAAAAUUGAAAAACAUGAUGAAAAGUAUAACUUCAUCUCACUAUUCACAGUCUUUGAAAUAUCAAUCUGAUAUUUUAUCAACAAAUAUAAAAAAUUGCAUAACUGAUAAUAAACCUAAUCCCAAGUCUAAUUUUAAUGGUAAUAACAGCUCUAUUUCUGAUGAGGAGGAUGAUCUAUAUUGUCCAACCUGGUUAAAAAACAGAAACAACUAUAAAAAACAAUUAGAAAGAGAAAGAAUGUUUGGUGGCUAUAGAAAUGGGUUUUCUCAAAGACAGAGAGAAAACCCCAAAAAUGUUCCUGCUCCUUUGGAAUUGGUUUCCACUACUUUUAAAGACUACUUUCCAUCAGAUAUUACUUGUACAGUCAACCAAAUCAAUAAAAAUCAAAAUUUUAAAAAGGGAAACAAUAGUAAAAACUCAACUGAUAAAAAUCAAUUUUUGGCUGCAAAUGUCAAUCCCUAUGCAUUUCCUGGCUGGGAAAUGAUGUCCCAAAAUACAGAUAAAAAAAAUAAUAGUAUUCAUGGUGCUGAAGAGGAAAUCAUACAAAGCAAAAGAACCAUUGAUCAAGAAAAUGCUAGGAAUAAAGAACCUGAUUAUAAAAACUAUACAUACAAUCAAUUUUAUAAAGACAAAGACACCAUAGGUCUUGAUCUCAAAAAUGAAAGUUUUGCAAAAGUGUUCGAUAUUCAUGACGAUGUUAUUCCAAGUCCAAAGAGACUCAAAUCUCCCAUCACCAUGUGCAACUCUUACUUGAUAAAUAAACCCAACCUAAAUGAUUUGGAUAAUAAAUAUCAAAAUGGAAAGUUAAUUCAGUCUUUUAGAUCAAAAAUUAACCAGAUGGCACAAAAUAACAUUUCUGAUACAAAUUCAAACUAUAAUCUAAUGUCAAUAUAUGAAACAAAUAUUAUAGAAUUAAUUGCUUCUGAAAUUGCAUAUAAAAGAGAUUUGUCAAUGAUCAUUGAUAUUUAUUUAAAUUUUUCAAACACCUCUUCCAUUUACAAAAAUAUUUUAAAUUCUAAUGAAAAGAAAAUUAUUUUUAGUAACAUUCAAAAAAUUCAUGAUUUAACGGAUAGAUUUUUAAGUAAUUUUUUAGAUUUUUUUAAAAAUGCUGUUAAUUAUGAUAGUCAAAGCGAUUCUUCAAGCAAUUGUAGUUCUCUUUUAGACUCAAACGAUGUUGCAAAUGCCCCUCCUUUACUUUCUUUAUUAUCUCCACAAAAUAUUCCCGAUAAAGUUAUUGCAUCUCCUGUCAAGCCUAAUUUUAAAUUAUCAAAACAAGCUAUUGAACUAUUAGAGCCAAAUAAUGUAACUUCAUUUCAGAUAAAAUAUCUUAUUCAGGAUCCCAAGCUCAAGGACAACUGUAAAGAGCUAAACAUUGGUGGCUAUUUGGUUGAGUUUUUCAAUGAUGAAUUUUUAGAUUCUUAUAUUUACUAUCUUAAUAAUCACAAAAAACAAAUUGAAGAGCUAAAGAAAAAAAUCAAGUUUUCAGAGCCAAUUGUUCAAAAAUGGUUGAAUGAGUGCAAAUUUUUUACAAAAUCCAAAACAAAUAUUUGGGAUUUUGAAAGUUUGUUAAAUAAACCCAUCCAAAGAAUAGUUAAAUACAAAUUACUAGUUAAUAAUUUGAUAAGUAGCUAUUGUGUAGAGCUUGGAUCAAAAAAUGACGUUGAUAAUGAUAAAAUUUUGGAAGAUUUGAAUACCGCAAGAGAAGAGAUUUACGAAAUCCAUGAGAAAAUUGUGACGAGAAAAAACCAAAUAACUACCACUUUUGAUGCUACUUAUAAUGGAACUAUGGAUGACCAAAGGACAUUGAAUAGAAGCAAAAGUACAUCAAAUGCUAGUUGUAAUCAGAGUCAAGUGCUGAAUGACUUUAGUGAUUUAUUUUCCGAAAUUCUACCUGCAGUUUCUUCAGUAUCUUUUUUAUUUGCAACUUCUAAAAAGAAUAAUAGAAUCACAAGUUCAAUCAUCACAAAAAAGAUUAAUGAUACCGUUAAAUUAGCACCAAAAUCCAGACAGGAAUACAUCAGGUUGGUUUUGAUAUUCAAAUUUAAAUAUGAACUUUUGAAAAGAUACAAACAUGAUAUGCUUGAAGUCAUUCAAACAAUUGAAAACUUUAGUAAUUCACAAUUUUCUUUUGCAGAAAGCUGGAGGAUUUUAAUUGAAAUGUUCAAUCCUGAGCUUCCUCGGGAUUUUGAUGCUCAUUUCAUUAAGUCUAGUUAUACGAAUUACCUGGAAAAACUAGGCUCUCAAAAACAAAAAACAAGAGUGGUUAUUCUGUUGAUUGAAGAGAGAAUUAUUCAAAAAUUGACAUCAGCUUUACAAUAUUGCGAUGAGGUUAGAGCAAAGAUUAAUGAUCAUAGAAGCAAACGCAAGGAAUAUGUAAAAUACAUUAAAGAAAACGAAAAGAAAGGUCCUUUCAACAAUAAAUUAUUUGGCCAAAUUAAUGAAGAUGUGAUAGCUAGUGGUCUUGAUUUCAAAAAGUCAAAAAAAUAUGAGGUUUCUGACAAGGCUCAGUCCUAUAUUUACACAGAAAAUAUGGUAAAGGAUGAGCUUCCUCAAAUAAUUCUUCUUUUGGAUGAGUUAGUAAAAAGUUGCUAUUUGUCUUUCAUGAAGAUUUUUGCUGAUGAAUGGUUGAAAGCUGUGCUUAUGGAUAAUAGGAAAAUAGAUCAAAAGAAGCUUUAUCCAGACAGAGCUAUUAUCGAUGCAUACAAUAUGACAGUAAAAUCUACAAAAGAAGCACUUUUAAGAGCCUUGACCAACAAAGAAGAUGUGUUGAGUCGUUUUAAUAAUUCCAAAACCUUUUUUCAGUGUUCCCCAACAAGAAACAACACAUUUAAGUUCCUUUAUGGUGUCUGAAAUUAAUUUCAAACAAUUUACUACCUUAUAGAUUUCUAUUCUCAUUUUGUAUUUUUUGUUACUAUUUAUAUAACCCUUAAAUUCUCUAUAUAUUUCAUUAACUGCCAAAGACCUCACAACCUUUCAUAAACAAUAAACCACAUCUAAAUCACGUCUCUUGAAUCAUACUUCUUGACGUUAAGUAUU